UUCGCGUGUGUGAAAUAAUAAAAUCGCAGGAAUCAAUAAAGAGAGUAAGGGAAAGAAGAACACCGAGAUUUAUACUGGUUCACCACCUCGUGGCUAGUCCAGUCCUCCGAGAGACUCUCUCGAAAGUCCUACUAAUCUUCAAGCUUCAACGGGUGCUUGAAAAACCGCACUCAAAGAAAAUAUUUCUAACUCUCAAAAAUAAUAUUUUGAUGAGGAAGAUGAAGCAAAGGAUGAAUAUAGCUCAAAGAAUAUAUUGGAGUGCAAGAGAUGUGUCUUAAAAUGAAGGAGAAUGAGGAUUAAAUAGGCUGAGAAAAAAGAACUGCUGAAGUAAGCUGAGGAUAUGCACUAGAUAAAAUUAAUCGAUUAACGUAGAUAGAUAAAUCGAUUACGGUACACAGAGGCGAAAAUCCUGAAUAGAAGAACAGAAAUAAUCGAUUAAAGGAAGGCCUAAAAAUCGAUUAGUCGGCUCUGUCCGAACUAAUCGAUUAAUUGAAGACAAAAAAUCGAUUAUUGGUCAGACCAGGGGAAUCCAACGAAAAGCCUAUUAAUCAAUUAUAUGAAGGCAAAUGAUCGAUUAUGGAGGAAAUAAUGCGCAACACAAAGGGCCCAAGCCAGUUGCGAUAAGAAGUGAAUUGGCUUAUACUCGUUUGUUUGAGACACGAACGCUCCUCAAGAGAAAGUAUCCCUUAUUCAAUGAAUUUUGAAUAGGGGAGAAAAAGAGUCCAAAAAUUAUUUUGUGUGUCAAACGAUGUACACGAAAAAUAUUUAAAGUAUAUUUUUCUUACCAAAAAAAAUUGUGUAAUCUUUAAAAAUAUUUUUAAGAAAUUUUGACACACUUAUUUUGAAACUGACUCAGUAAAAUAUUUUUGGACAGAGAAAAAAUAAUUUUUCAACUGACUCAAGAAAUAAUAAUUUUUAACCCUCAAAAAUUAAUUUGUUUGUGCAGAAAAUAUUGUCAUCCUUACAAAGAUUCUUAGACUUAAUUAAAAAAAAGUCUUCGGAGUCUUAACUUUAUUUCAAAAAAUCUGCGUAGGGGUGAUCGUCGAUUUUUAUCGCCAUAAACUUCUUGAUACCCUUCUUUGCUUUUCUCGAUACAAAAAAUAAAUUUUCGAUCAGCUUGAGAUUAAUCAUCCUGUUUGUCAUUCAUCAAAACAAAAAAAUAUUCUAGAAGAAAUAGUAAAAGGGGUUUGAACUCAUGUCCAACAGUUCAAUGUUUAAAUUUUAAGGUCAAAGUAUGAAGAAGGCCAAAUUGAAAACAAUUUAAAGACUUGGGCCAAAUUGCAAAUAACAAAACUAUAUUUUUGUUCCUUUAUUUUGUUCGUAAGUAGAAGAAGAACAAGAACAGGUCUGCACUGCUCUAGCGAUGGAACAGAGCAGCAAUCCAGCAGCAUCAAUCGGCGUCCCAGCAACUUCACGGUUUCCUCACGGCGGCUAGGCAGCAACUAGACGACCUGAACACAGCGGCGGCGACAAGGUCCAGCGGCCUAGCAGAAUUCUUCAGUCCGUGUGUGUCAUUGCCCGAGUACGGUGGACAGCAGCAUCUCCGCCGCCGAACUGCGACACUGCAACAACGGCAAAGACGAAUGGACCAGCGUACUAGCACGAGGCCAAAGAAUCGUUGUACACAGCAGAUUUGGGCGAAACAUAGAAAGAACAGAAUAGAGACCGAACGGAAAAACGAGAGGAGGAACAAUCCAAUCCCAAUUUCCCAAAAACCAAUGCUAAUUUCGAAUCCAAACACAAUUAAUCACACAAUCUAAUAACCAUAAUCACAAAUUCAACGUCAAUUGAAUGAGAAUAUAUCAACAAAUCCUAAUCUACGAAUCAAUUUUAACCAGAGAUACCACCACUCACCUCGAUUGACGAAGAUAUAACUUUCCGGUGAAGAUUUCCGGCGAAGCUUUCUCGACGAUGCCUAGCGAAGCUUUCUGGCGAUUGACCUUGGUUGCGUGCGAAACGAAGAAGACAGAUGGGGAUGGAGAUUGGAUGGACUCCUUCGAUUCCGAGGAGGAGCGCACCCGCUUUCUCACUUUCUUCUCUAAACGGGUCGUGGCUCCUCCACGGAUCAUCCUGGAGCGCUACCCGGAGCUGGAGGGCUACGACGACCUCGACGCGCAGCUUCAUCAAGUCGGCCUUUGGCCAUUCGUCUCCCGGGCUUGGAAGGAGAACAACCCGGCGCUGAUUCGGGUCUUCUACUCCAACCUCCGGCGUGAGGGCGACGUGCUCUACUCUCUUGUCAAGAGCACGCCGAUAGAGCUUUCCGUUGAGCAGCUUGGGCGCAUCGCCGGCCUCCCCUACCAAGGCGACGACGUCUCCCACUAUGGCGGAGAGGACUGGGUCCUCAACAACGAGGGCCUUAUCCUCAACGAGCUUGGCAUCACUGAACUCAUCCGCCAUGCCUCGGGCCGCCCCACCAUCCACUCCGCUAACCCCGAAGGCCGUCUCAUUCUCUACAUCGUGUCCCGGAUCAUCAAACCCCGUAAGCACGGCCACACAAUCAUGUCCGGUGAGGACCUCAAGCUCAUCCAUGCGAUCAUGCACUCGGCCCCAAUCAAUUGGGCAAAGUUUGUCAUGAUCAACAUGACGAUUGCCGCGUCCACCGACCACGAUCACCUCCUCCCGUACCUGUUCGUGGUUAUGGACAUCCUUGAACGGUUCAAGGUGACCACCACCGUUGGCCCACUCACGAAGGCCACGAACAUUUGGGCGAUCAGCACCCAAACCUUUAAGAUGCGGUCAGACAACGCCGGACCUGCCACUGCCGUGCCACGGCGCCGUUCUGCUGCUAGCCCAGCCGAACCCCAGGCCCGGGCCAACCUUGCCAGCCUCCAUCGCCGACUCCCUCAACCAGAUUCACUUCAAAGAAUUGGAGAAGGUCAAUCAACUUCUAGGCCACCACUCUUUGAUGGCACCAACUAUUCCUAUUGGAAGGAACGGCUGAGAAUCUAUAUCCGUUCCACCAACUUCCAAUUAUGGUUGGUCAUCAAAAACGGAGAGGAAAUACCGAUGAAGAAAGUUGACGACAAGUUGAUCCCCAAGACCGAAGAUGAGUUUGAUGUCGAGGACAUCAAGAAGAUUGAGAAUUAUGCAAAGGCCAUCAAUAUGCUAUAUUGUGCGGUCAACCCCAAUGACUACCGGAAAAUCUCCUGCUGCACAACCGCCAAGGAGAUGUGGGACAAGCUUGAAGUGACGUACGAAGGUACUGAUCAAGUUCGUGAAGCCAAGAUUGAUUUUCUCACCCAAGAGUACGAAAUGUUCCGAAUGAAAGAAGGUGAGAAAAUCGAUGACAUGUUCGACCGAUUCUCAAAGAUCAUCAACGACCUUCAUGCUCUCAAAAAGACUUAUGCCAACAAGGAUCUCGUGAGGAAAAUCCUGCGGAGUCUCACACCCGAAUGGAGAUCAAAAGCCGAUGCAAUCUACGAGUCCAUCGGAGUCUCCAAUGUCACCAUUGACGGGCUAAGAGGUAUCCUCAAAACUUAUGAAUCUACUAUUCUAACCCCGUCUUUGGAUGAACAAAAGAAGAAAGGAAUAGCGCUCAAAGCAACCAAGGAGACCAUUGAGGAGGUUUCAAGCGAUGAUGACAACGAAUUUGGACUUUUCAUCAAGAAGUUCCACAAGUUCAUGAAGAAGGAAUUUGAGCGGAAGGGACGGAAGCACGACGGUCCUCCCAAGUGCUAUGGUUGUGGCGAGAUUGGCCACAUCAAGCCAAGGUGUCCAAAAGCUAAACACGACAAGGAUAAGCCCGGCUUCAAGAAGCAAAGGGCUUACAUCUCUUGGGGUGGCGAUUCCGGCGACGAAUCAACCGACCAAGAGGAGGACGAAGCUGCAAAUCUCUGCCUCAUGGCGCACGAAGAUCAAAACGACGACGUCCAAGAGUCCCCUCAUGUUGUGUUUUCCGAAGAUAAUACUCGCUUGGCGAGAAAGGCUAUUUGUGAUGAUCUUGCAGACUCACUUGAAAGGAUAAACAUUGAAGACGAUGAGGAAAACACGCCAUUAUACACCAACCCGCAACCACAACCUAAGGAAACACCUCAAGUGAUGGUCGAAAAUGAGGACCAAGCGGACGAAGAAGAACAAGAGGAAGCCCAGGAACAAGAGGAAACCGAGCUUCCCAUCGCUUGGAGAACGCACAAGAAUCAUCCACUUGACCAGGUAGGCAGCAUCAACCGCGGGGAUAUCAACUCGAUGCUGAUUCGGGUCUUCUACUCCAACCUCCGGAGUGAGGGCGACGUGCUCUACUCUCUUGUCAAGAGCACGCCGAUAGAGCUUUCCGUUGAGCAGCUUGGGCGCAUUGCCGGCCUCCCCUACCAAGGCGACGACGUCUCCCACUAUGGCGGAGAGGACUGGGUGCUUAACAACGAGGGCCUUAUCCUCAACGAGCUUGGCAUCACCGAGCUCAUCCGCCAUGCCUCGGGCCGUCCCACCAUCCACUCCGCUAACCCCGAAGGCCGUCUUCUUCUCUACAUCGUGUCCCGAAUCAUUAAGCCCCGGAAGCAUGGCCACACAAUCAUGUCUGGUGAGGACCUCAAACUCAUCCAUGCAAUCAUGCACUCGGCCCCAAUCAAUUGGGCACAGUUUGUCAUGAUCAACAUGACGAUUGCCGCGUCCACCGACCACAAUCACCUCCUCCCGUACCCGUUCGUGGUGAUGGACAUCCUUGAACGGUUCAAGGUGACCACCACCGUUGGCCCACUCACGAAGGCCAUGAAGAUUUGGGCGAUCAGCACCCAAACAUUCAAGAAGCGGUCGGACAACGCCGGACCUGCCACUUCCGUGCCACGGCGCCGUUCUGCUGCUGGCCUAGCCAAACCCCAGGCCCGGGCCAACCUUGCCUCCAUCGCCGACUCCCUCAACCGACUGCACUUCAAAGUUGAUGGGAUGGAUGGCUACCUUGAGAGGCUUGACGAGGCAGUCCAACGCCAAGGGUACGCCAUGAACGCGUACUUCCAACGCGUUAACUACGUCCCCCCACCGUACCAUGGCACGUUCUUUGGGCAAGUGUACGGUGACGAGGACAAAGACGAUGCCUCCUACGACCCGUCAAGCUCCCCGGACGAGGACGAAUUUGACGACGCCGUUGACGGUGAUGAGAUGGACGUCGACGACGAGGAGGAGGAAACCGAAGACGAAGACUAGGAAGCCCCUAGAAUUUCUCUCUUUUAUUUUAAUUAUCCUGUUUUUUUUAAUGCUUCCGUUGUACUCCGCUAUUUCCCAUCUUCAAUAAAUAAAAGUUAUCCUC